AUGGUUUCCGCGGCCGUCCUCGCGGUCGUCGCCCUGCUCAUCGGCGUGUACGUGCUGACACGGCCCAAGUCAACCUCGUCGUUGCCCCUACCCCCUGGCCCCAAACCCUUGCCCAUUAUUGGCAAUAUCCACCAAGCCCCCAAGUCGUACGGCUGGCGGACGUAUCGCGAAUGGAGUGAGCAAUAUGGCCCAAUUGUGCACGUCAACAUGCUGGGCCAGCCCGUGAUCAUCCUCUCCACGUCCGAAGCCGCCCAUGAGCUGCUCGCCAAGCGGGGAGCCACCUUUUCCGACCGUCCUCGUCUGUUUUUGGCCACGGAGUUGGCCUUGAAAGGGCUCAACAUUCUGAUGAUGAACUACACCGAGCAAUUCCGCCACCACCAGCGACUCCAAGUCUCCGUGUUGAACGCCACCCCGGCGGCGGCCUAUCUUCCCGUGCAGACGCUAGAAUCCCAGCAAUUGCUGUACGAUCUGCUGCAGAAUGCCGGGGGCGCGGGGACGGAUGUCCAGGCGCCGUUCCAACGCACCACCGCCAGCAUCAUCCACACCUUGCUCUACGGGUACCGGAUCCAAGACGCCCAGGACCCGGUGCUGCGCGCCGUGGUGAAAUUUAACGAGGAAUUCUCCGAGUUUAUCCAAGUCGGCGCGCACAUUGUCGACCAGUUCCCCAUCCUGAACCAUCUCCCCAGCUGUCUGGCCCCCUGGAAGGAAAAGGCCGAGCAUCACUACAAGACCAAGUAUGCCCUGCGCGCGGAGAACUUUCGACGGGGUCUGGAGUCGGAGGCGUGGAAUAUCUCCCAGCAGCUGAAGCAGACGGUCGAGAAAGAUGGGAAUGAUAUGCCUUUGGACGAGCUCGCCUUCGAGCUGGGGACCAUGAUUGAUGCGGCGCUGGACGGUACCACCGACAGCUUGGUCUGGUUCAUCGUCGCCUGCAUCACCCAAGAUCAGGGCUUCAUUGCCAAGGCCCGCGCCGAGCUGGACGCCGUGGUCGGACGCGACCGUCUCCCCGGUCCGGAGGACAAGGCCAACCUGCCGUACAUCAGCGCCAUCGUGGAGGAAGUCUUCCGGUGGCGGCCCGCCGGCCCGGAAGGCGUGCCACACCUGAACCGCGAGGAAACCACCUACCACGGUUACACGAUCCCCAAGGGCUCGGUGAUCAUCGCCAACGUGUGGACCAUCGCCCGGGAAGAAGCCGUCUUCGGCCCCAACCCGGACGACUUCAUCCCGGAUCGCUGGCUCUGCGAGGACGGGAAAACCCUGCAGACGUUCCCGGCGCCGGCCUUUGGCUACGGCCGACGGACGUGCCCGGGCCGGUACUUUGCGCGGAAUGUUAUCUGGACGGUGGUCGCUCGGCUGAUCUGGGCGUUUGAUAUCAAGGCGGGUUUGUCGGAGACGGGUGAGCCGAUCCCCGUGGACCCGAUUGCGUGCACGUAUGGAUUGGUGAUGCGCGCGCUGCCGUUCAAGGCGGCGUUUCAUCCGCGCGGGCCGUGGGUGCGCGAGGUGAUUCAGCGUGAGGGUGAGACGUAUACGAAGGAUCAUGGGGCGUUGUUGCGUCAGAUUGGGGCGGAGUUUGCUAAGCUGUAA